AUAUACAAAAGUAUAUACUAGUAUUUAAUCAGAAGUGAAUAUAAAUAAGUGAAUAAAUAAGUGAAAUAGUGUCAUUUCGGUGAAGUGAAAGUGGGUUCAACGAGUGUUGUAAAAGCAGCUGCGUGAUACUCGUUGGCUAGGCGUUGUGAAUUUGCACAAAGUUUUUUCGAUAAAAUCAGGAAAUGAGCACUAACCUGGUGGAGUUGAAUUUCUUCUUAACGGUAUAGAAGGAUAAUAAAAAUUAGUAAAAAUGUCGACGAACAACAAAGCAAGAGAAAUAGCCGAGGACUAUUCCUCAUCACUUUCGGAUCUGACAAUUAAUAGCAAACCAUUGAUAAACAUGCUCACCAUGCUCGCUGAUGACAACGUUGAUCAUGCUCCAGUAAUCGUCCAAGCCAUUGAGAACCACUUGCAAAAGGUGCGAAGUGAAGUCAAAUUACCGGUCCUUUAUCUCAUCGAUUCGAUCGUCAAGAACGUAAAUGGAGCUUAUUUGAAACUCUUCACAGAGAACAUAGUCAAUACAUUUUGUGGUGUUUUUGAGAAGGUGGAUGAAGUUACAAGAGCGAGUAUGUGGAAGUUAAGGCAAACUUGGAAUGAUGUAUUUCCAGCAAAGAAGUUAUAUUCUUUAGAUGUACGUGUACAAAGCAUCGACCCCGCGUGGCCUAUCACCGCCCCUGAGCCUGUUAUUGCUUCAGGGUCUAUUCACCUCAAUCCACGUUUUUUAUCAAUGUCACCAGUAUCAACAACUCCGAUUGUUGCACCUGUGAAAGUGCCACCUGGGGAACCUGUUUCAGUAAGUGAAGCAGCGAUGCGAGAAUUGCUUAAAAAGCAAAAGGAGCUUCUCGAAUUACAGAAGCAAAAAAUUGAAUUAGAGUUACUUCAAGCAAAGACAAGUCUUGAGCAACAACAGAGACAACUUGACGAACAGGCUGGUUCUAUCAAAUCAGAAGCUGUUUCUUCCACAACUCCUAUACUCACCGCUUCAGAAACAACACAAGGAAAACCAACACCUCCUAUUGUAUCUAACCAAGCAACGAAACAAGUAGUUAAACAGUUUCCUGCAGCAGCAGCAUCUUUAUUGAAGAAUGCGGGUACCAAUAACGGCCCAAGGAUAGCACCGGCAAGCAGCUUACUAGUGGCGUCGGCUAGACCUGUCUCGAGGGAUCCUCGUCUCAAGGCCUCAGGAUCAGAGCCAACCAGCAUGGAUACGCAGUCUCGUCUACGACAAAUUGCGGGAUUAUCGAAUGAAGUGUUAACAGAUUCUGAAAAUUCAUUAGCCCAGACAACGGCAUUAAAUACUGUACUUUCAGACCAAGUAAAACAGCAAUUUAUAACGAAACAAGCUAUAAAUAUGAACAAGCUUUCGUUAAAUCACAUGAGUGGCGACGUCGUUACGUCAAAUAUUAGUAAUAACGAUAUUCCUAAUGCGUCAAUCAACAAUAACAACAAUAAUAAAAUAUUAAGUAAUACGAAUAGAGAUGCUGUUUCGCAUCGUACAAAUCAAAAGAAAGAUCCCCGAUCGUCUAGUAAUAGUUGUGGUAAUAUAAAUAAUAGUUUGAAGUUGAGUCCAAGUGGUGACCAUGGGUCAUCGUCUUCAAACACGUCAAGCAGCCCUAGAGGUGGAGGAAGCGAAGCUAAGUCUAAAGACACUAAGAGCCCGUCUUCACGAAGCUCUUCAUCGUCGAACAACGACAAGUCUUCUGCUUCCUCAAAAUCCUCUCAUAGGAAAGUAGCAAAUAAAUCGCGUUCUAAGCAAUCUCAAAUGUCGUUUAACAAGAUGUCAAAAAUGGAUCGUGAUUCAAGUCCAAUUAGGUCAAAAUCGCGGGAAAAAGACAGCGAUGGUUCAUCCUCUUCUUCCCGUACCUCACCUCAAUCCUCUUCCCAAUCAUCUAAGAGUCGUAAGAAGAAUGCUGGUAAAUCUAGAAAGCGAAGUCCUAGUCCUCCUUAUAAAAUUCCAAGGAAGAGUGUCGAUUCUAAGUCUAGUUCCUCUUCCUCGACCAUUGCUAGUGGUCUAACUGAAGAGGAACAGUCAGGUUCGUUGAUUGUAUCUCCACCUCAUCCUCCGACGUUUAAAGAUAUCAGACAAAAUACAAGGCAGAGGAAUUACAUCAGACGUAAUAAAGAUUCUGGCAUGCUCAAUCUUCAAUGUAUCGGCCAAAAUAUUUCUAAUCCUCAUGAUUCUCCUGAAGUUUUGAUUGAAGCUGCUAGCAAGGAUGAAGAUCUUAGGGCUGGCCUUCCUGUUCCUGCUAAACUUGCCGUUCAAUCUGUAGAAAAGAAAGAAGACUUAGAUCUCCGAGUAUUACAACCAUCAAAUAACAACAAACGGCCUUCAGAUCAACCAGAUUCUACAAAUAAAAAAACCAAAGCUGAAAAAUUUGACGCAAAAUUGAAUUCAUUUUCCAGUUUAUUUGGCAAUGAAGAUGUGGACUUAAGAACUUUAACUCAUCCGAAAGCUGGACGUCCACCAACUCCACCACCACCAGUGAUCUCUGGUGAAGAUAAUAAAACUAGUUGGGCAAAAAUAAAGACUCCAACAAAAAGUGAUCGUGAUAAAAUUAUCAACAAUGAUGAUAAACGUGAUAGAGAUCGUAAUAAAGAUCGUCUUGGAAGAAUAAGACUUUAUAAUAAUAAACCUUUAGAUGAUCUUAAAGACAGACGUCGACCUUUUGGAAAUGAUGAAGAUUCACGACUGGGUCGUCGAAAUCGCGAGUUAGAUAAAUUGGAUCGUAAUUCUGAUAGAAAUAUCGAAAUAAUUAUGAAGCAAGCAGAGGAGCAACUAAAACAAGGAUCUAUAACAAAGGCAGAUUAUCAUACUUUGAUUCAAGAAGUAUGGCAGAUGAACGAAGAUCAGAAAUUGCGAGCAGCACAACGAAAAGAAAAAGAAAUAGGAUCAAUUGUUUGGGAAAAAGGAAUUGACAUUGGCGGUUUCAAUCCAAAUGACUGUGAUAUAGGUCGAGGAAAAGAUCAUCCACAUGGAAGAAAUGGCCCCAGAUGGCAAGCGCAACCAUGGCAACAACAUGGUCCUUGGGUACACCCACCCGGACCAUCAUUUCCUAGUCAUUUUAAUGCAGAUUUUCGUCCUAUUGGCCCAUGGCAAAAUCCAAGACAAUUCGGACCAAUUAGGCCAGACUUUAAUCAGUUCCAUGGUUUCAAUUCUGGUAUUGGUGCUGGACCGCGUCUAGGACCUGGAUUGCUUGGUCCAAUGGGUCCAAAUGGACCAAUUAUGCCUGGAAUGAUACCAAAUGGUCCUAUGGGACCUAUGGGUUUGCCUAAUACUGCUAUGACGAACAUGAAUGGUCCACCAAGUUUAUUAUUAAAUGGCCCCCAUCAAACUCACAAUAAUAUACUAAGCCAUGCACCGCCACCGACAAGAAAUAUUUCACCUAAUUCUGUUCUUAAAUUUGACAUGAAUGACACUCAAAACUUUGAUGAUAAAAAUGGUAAAGAACAAGGCAUACUCAAUCGUGAAUUACCUCAGCCAGAUCCUAAGUUAUUAGAAGAAAUUACUAGUGAUACAAUGAAAUCUAUCAAUAUUGAUGGUAUUCCAAGAGAGAUUAGAUACUAUGGCCAAACUGGUGUUGUAUUUAUGAGCUGGGAUGAUCCAAGAGAAAUCGGAUUCCAGAAUGGUGUCAGAAGGAUUCUUAUUGAUGAUAAGGAUACAAUUAUAUGUGCAUUUAAUGGUCCUUACAAGGAGUUCAUAUAUGAAGGAGAAAUUCAUAAAAUAAAACUUGGAGCACCUACAAGAGAACUCUAUGUCGACGAUAAGUGGUAUGAGUGUUAUUUUGGUGGACCACCUAUUAAAGUUGAUAUGGGUAAUAAGAAAGUGAAUGUGAAACUUGAAGGACCACCACCACAAGUGAAAAUUGGAACUGUGAAAAGAACUGACUUAGUGAUUGCUAAAAUUAAUCUUAUUAUAAAUGCACGGAAUAUGGUACCUGUAUUUUUGGAUGCAAAACCACAAAUGUUUGAAAUUGAUGGACAGCCUCAAACUUUAGAAUUUACAGACGCUUUAGGAACAGUGUUGCUCAAUGGAAGACCUUUCAAAGUAGAAUUUGGAGGUUUACCUAAACCUAUCAUUGUUGGUGAUAAAAAACAUUUCAUUCGAUUCUCAGUGUUACCAAGAGGUGUGCAAGCAGGUUUAGUUAAAAUUGCUGGAAUGAAAGGUGAAACUCCUGUCGACUCUUUAACUAAAGUACCAACUACUGAUGUUAAGUCUACGAGUGAUAGAACUACACCGCCACAACGUGUUACUACUCCUGAACAGGAUGCAACUUCACAAGAUGCAUCGGAUGUUUCUUCAUCUAAACCAGACUUACAACUAGAUAUGUUAUCAUCUGUUUUGUCAUCAGCAAUGGCUCCAGCUUCAGGGUUAUCAUAUCAAGCUGAACCAGCAGAAAAAUCUGCUGCAACUUCUACACCUGCACCAAUUCUUCCUGCAAAUCUUAAUCUCAAUGAACUUUUCCAAAGACUAGUUGAAACUGGAAUAGUUCCUAGGCCUACAUCUUCUACAGCUGAAACGAAAAAACCAGAAGGAGAAACAGAAGAAGAGAAAGAAGUCAAGAAAGAGCCAGAAGUGAUUCCAGUGUGCUUUGAUAAACCUGAAACCCUCAAAAUAAAACAACCUGCUAUUGCAACUGCUUUGUAUUGUGGAAUGCAAUGUAGUUCAUGUGGUGCACGAUUCGCUCCUGAAUUAGCUACACGAUAUAGUCAUCAUCUUGAUUGGCAUUUUAGACAGAAUAGGAGAGAAAGGGAUCCGACCAGAAAAGCUCAUUCUCGACCUUGGUACUAUGAUAUCCCCGAUUGGAUUCAAUUUGAAGAAAUUGAAGAUUUAGAGGAUAGAGCUCAAAACUGGUUUGAAACUGAAAAACAAACAUUAGAAACAGAAACAGCAAAUGGAGAUGAAUCUCCUCAAGAAACAAUCCAACCAAGUGUACCAACAGGUAGUGAUGAAGAUGCAGUAUGUCAAGUCUGUCAUGAUGCUUUUGAACAAUUCUAUAAUGAGGAAAAAGAAGAAUGGCAUCUUAGACCUGCUGUUAGUUUUGAAAAUAAAAACUAUCAUCCACUUUGUCUUGAGGAUCAUAAGGAAAAGUGUAUCGCGCGUGCUCUAGAAAAAUCUGCAGCUACACUAGACGAUAGCCUUGUUGAAGGCGAGGAAGAGAAAAAAGAUGAUGAUGAAACAGAAGAAUCCGUUUCUAAAAAUGAGAAUGAGGAAGCUGAUGAAAAUAAAGAUGAAGAAAUGAAAGAGAUAAAAGAAGAAGAACAAAAAGAGAAAUUAGAUGAAGUUGAAGAAAUAGUAGAAGGAAUUGUUGAAGAAAAUAUUGAAGAUGUUAAAAUUGAUGAAGAAAUGAAAACAGAUGAUAUUAAAGAAAAUGAAGAACAGAAAGAACCCAUGAAUGACGAUAAAGCUGAGCAAAUGGAAGGUGUUGUAGAGGAAAAAGAAGAAAAUUCCUCGGAAGUAAAAAUAGAUGACAUGGAAAUAGAAAAUAUCUCAGAAAUAAAAAUCAAAGAGGAACCGAUAGAUGUAACAGAAGAAUUCGAAUCAGAAAUCAAUUGGGAAAAUGUUGAAAUAAAAACUGAACCAGAGGAUCCUGAACCGGAACCCGAAGAAAGUAUUGUAAUAGAUGUAGCAGCUGUAGUUGAUACAACGGUUAUAGCCGUGAAGAGUUCAAUUGACGGCAAUGUGGAGCUAGAUACAACACCAGCACCUAUUCCUGCUGCACCUCCGCGGAUAAAAAUAAAUAUAACAAAGCCGAUAAUUACCAAUAAAGAUACAGAGGAAGCAAAAGAAAAAGUUACUUCAACAACAGUAGAAACACCUACAGAAAUAAAAGAUACUCCAUUAUUUCCUGCGUCUAUUAAGCCAACUUUGCAAGGUAGGAAAUUAUCCGUUUUACCUCCUGUAGAAAAAGGUCAUGAAAUGUCGGGACUUUGUUCGAUUAUGUAAAUAUGAUAAAAAAUUUAAACUGGCAAAAAGCAUACUGCCAAAUAAUAACAAAUAUAAGUGAAUCAUAUUUGUAAAAAAUAAGCCAGAAAAUAAAUUUUUUAAUAACUGGCUUCCGGACAUGUAUCGAGGAUGAAGAGAAAAUUAAUUUAAUGAUUAAAUUCACGGUUCAUGUAUACACAAUAGUUUUGUAAGGCUUGUAUAACAUGAUGUGUAAACGUUUUUAAAUUUUUUGUGAAAAUAUUUUUCACAUACAAAUUACAUUUUUAUUUUUAUGAAUGUUUUUUUUACUAAGAGUAAACGUUAGUACAUCAGAAGAUACAAGUUAACUGAGUAUGUUUGCUAUAAAUGAAUGCGAGUAUGAUGAAUGAGAAAAUGAAUGAAUGCUAAAGAAUCGUGAAAUACUUGGCCAGAAUAAUAGACUUGUACAUAAUAAUUUAAUCUUAAUAACUUUAAAAUGAAUGAUUAAUUAAUAGGAAAGAAUCAUUCCGUACAGUACUGUGUGCAAUGUGUUUUAUGUCACAAUGUGAUCUUAAAAACAAAAUUAACCUGCACAAAUCUUAUGAAAAUAUUUAAUACCAUUUGUACUUUGUGAAUUAGUUGAAAAGAAAAAAAGUACGUCAAAUGAUAUUUUAAGUUUUUACACAAACAAAAUACUUACUUUUGUUCAGUUCAACAUGUAACAUAAAAAAAAACUAAUGUUAACUAGAAUGACCAAUUUUAUGUAAGCGUGAGUGAGCAAAAGGAUGAAUUCUUAAUGAGACAAUUUAAUAAAACCGUUGAUUUCAUUUCGUUUAUCAUACGAAUACUAAGAUGUAUACUAGAAGUGUGAUAUAUGAUGUUGAAGAUGUAUAUACUGGAAUGAAAUUGUGAUUAUAAGAGAAUGCCAUUGUGAGUUAAAUAGCUUUGAUAACGAAAUCAUUUACUUGAUAGGAAAACAUUAUUUUGUUGUAUAAAAAAAAAAUUGUUAACCACCCGGUGGUUUCACUUUUUUCAAUUUCAUUUUCAUCAUCCUGUAUGCUUUCCAAUUAUCCUGAAGUAGAAAAUAAUUAUCAAAAGUGAAUAGAAAAUUAUAGUAUUUGACGAGUCUUGCUGAACCAACAGAUGCCGAAAUGAAGAUCGAGUGGUCUAUAUUCGUAAGAUUCCAUUACUGAAAGCGAUAUAUCUAUUUAAAGUUUUAGUUUUAAUAAAAAUUCAGGUCUCAAUAAAUAAGUAUUGAAAUUGAAAAAAAAA